AUGGCGCAGGUUGCAGAUGAAUGUAAAGCCUUGUCCUCAGAGUUGUUUCUCAGCAAGUACCGCAUAAUGAAGGGCAUCGGGAAGGGUAGCUUUGGUGAAGCGGUGCUCGUACGGUCAAAGGAGGAUGGCAAACGGUACGUCGCAAAGGCAAUUGAAUCAGCCGCCAUGUCUGCGAAGGAGAAACGUGAUGUACAAAAUGAAAUACGUAUUUUAGCGGCAGCCAAUCAUCCCAAUAUCAUCCGCUACCACGAGCACUUCGAAGAUGGCACACUGAUAUUUAUUGUUAUGGAGUAUGCCGAUGGUGGGGACCUCAACACACGUAUCAAGGAUGCGAAGAAGAAUGAUCCCGUUGUCCCCUUUGAACCAAAGCUGGCCAUGUUUUGGUUCCUGCAGAUUUGCAUGGCACUCAAGUACCUUCAUGAUAACCACAUCUUGCAUAGGGAUUUGAAGACAGCGAACAUUUUCCUUACAGCGAAGAACGUCGUGAAGUUGGGUGACUUCGGUAUUUCCACCGUCGUGCAGAAUACAUUGGCCUGUGCCAAGACCGUGUGUGGCACUCCCUAUUACUUCUCCCCGGAGCUCUGCCAGAACAAACCAUACAACAAUAAGAGUGACGUAUGGGCCCUCGGUGUCAUUCUUUAUGAGCUUUUGACGCUCCAACGGCCUUUUCUCGCCCGCUCACUGAAGGAGCUCUUGAAGAAGAUCCUCGUUGGGCAAUAUGAGCCCAUUCCAUCCACUGUGCCAGCGGAAAUUCGCGGCCUUUGCGGAGCGCUCUUGCAAGUCAACCCUGUUCAGCGUCCCAGCAUAAAUCGCAUUUUAGAGUCGCCGUUUGUGCAGGAGUCUCUUAAAGGAUUUAGUGCGGACCUUGAGAAGCAGGCGGAAAAGGAACGGGCGGAGUAUGAGGCACGGAACCCCAAGAUAACAAAACCUGUUAAGCCUGUGAGUACUCCGGAGAAGCCAAAAGAGUACCCCAAAGAGCCACAAUUGAGCCAAAAGGAGCAAAUGGCAAAGUUACGGGGGAUGAAUCGGGAGAGCAUAAAGGCCAUGUUGGCGGAACAGGCAGCUGCCGGUCCACCGCAGGAACAACAGCAACAAUCGCCUUCCAAGAGCGAGCAGGAUGACGGGCACCAUGAGGUUGACGAUGACGGGGAGUACAUUGAGCAAAAGAAGCUAAUUGUAGAGCAAAGCAAAAAUAUUGUGGGCAAGACAAAUCUCGGUGGCCAUCCCGAGGAGUUUGGUGAUGGUCCUUCUGAUAGCUCACCACAGGAAGACAUGAUUAUACUGUCAAGUGGAAAGUCUGUGCCAGCAUCUCAGGUGCGGGCCAUUCUCGAGAAGGAGAUUGGGGUGAAACUUCUUAACGAGGCUGCGGAGCUAGUGAAUCAGCUUAUGCUCAAUAAUGAAAUUUCCAACGUGGAUAUUCAGAAGCAACUAAACGAAUUGCUGGGUGCCCAACACGCUCACCAUUCCAAUGCUAUCACUAAGUUGUGCGUGUACGAGGGGAAGAAGAUGUAG